AUGGUGCGCAACCACAUCAUGCUCUUCCUCCUCCUCCUCGUUACGCUACUAACUUCCGGCAGAGACCAGUCGGCCGUGUCCGCGUCACCGGCGGGAUCAGUGGAACCGUUCCACAAGUGCACGGUCUGCACCGGCGGCCUGUACGAGCCCAACAGCACGUACAGGUCCAACCUGGAGACCCUCGGUGCGGCGCUCGUCGCCGGGGCCGGCGCUAACGGCGGCUUCGCCAAGGCGAGUAUCGGCGUGGCACCCGACGCCGUCUACGGCCUGGCGCUGUGCCGAGGCGACUACGCCGGGCCCAACUGCACCGGCAGCCUCGCCGCCGCCUUCAGCGACGCCGCCGAGCUGUACUGUCCGUCCAGAAGGGACGCGACCGUUUACUACGACAACUACACGCUCCGCUUCUCCGGCGAGGAUUUCCUCUCCGCCCUCACGGAGCAGCCGAGAUGCUCCGGGUGGAGCGACUCCGGCGAGUCUGGCUGGGACGCCGCCCAGCUGCUCGCGGAGAGGGUGGAGGAGCUGAUGAGCGAGACUAUCAAGCACGCGGCGGCGACGGCUAAGCGGUACGGGACCGGCAAGGUGUGGGUGAGAGGCAGAGCAGAGGCCGCGGACAUGGAGUACGUGCUGGCGCAGUGCACGCCCGACCUCACGGAGGCCGAGUGCUGGAGCUGCCUCAACGACACCCGCAGCAAGCUGCAGACGUCGUCCAUGCACGACAAGGUCCCAACCAGCCAGUAUGGGGGGAGGCUCGUUGGAGUGCGGUGUAGCUUGCGGUACGAGAGGGUGCUCUUCUUCGAGGAAACGAGCAGCACGCUCGAGCUCCAUAAGCCUAGAGGUAUGUACAAUUAUACGUACAUGGGUGCUAUCAUUAGGGGCAGUGAAAGGAUGCUGCUGAUACUGUUUAUUAUACUAGGGAGGAUGAGUACGGUGAACAAGAUCAUCAUAAUUGGAGCAGUGCCCUUCGUUGUACUGCUUAUCUUGUGUCUUCUUUUAGUUCUCAAACGAAUUAGAGAAUCGGAGUUGCAGAGGGAGCUCGCAUUAUGGGAGAAAGAGAUCAUGAGCGAAAGUAACUCGGGAUUUUCAUUAUAUACAUUUGCUGAGGGAAAAUUACCUAAUGGAGAACAGAUAGCUGUCAAAAGACUGAAGCUAAAUUCUGUCCAAGGUCUAGUUGAGUUCAAGAAUGAAAUUAGGCUGAUAGCUAAGCUUCAGCAUAUAAAUCUAGUGAGGCUUCUUGGGUGUUGUAUUGAAGGCAAUGAAAGGAUGCUUGUAUAUGAGUACAUGCCCGAGAGAAGCUUGGACUCAUUUAUUAUUGGAUCGAGCGCAAAAUUCAGUUGGCAUGUUCGUGCCCGAAUAAUAGAAGGGAUAGCUCAAGGACUUCUCUACAUUCAUGAACAAUCACAUUUAUGUGUUGUCCAUAGAGACUUGAAACCGAGUAACAUUCUUCUGGACAGUGAAAUGAACCCAAAGAUAUCUGAUUUUGGCAUUGCAAGAGUAUGCCCUUCCAACAUAGUAGAAUCCAAUACCACGACUGUGGUUGGCACAAUUGGUUACAUGGCACCAGAAUAUUUCUCCCAAAAAAUUUAUUCCACAAAAUCAGACAUUUUUAGCUUUGGAAUAUUGCUGUUGGAGAUCAUAAGCGGAAAGGUAGCUUUUGGGUCCUACAAAAUAAAUGGAAGAUCAUAUGAUCUCAGGAGAUAUGCUUGGCUACUAUGGAGAGAUGAAAAAUGCAAAGAGCUCAUCGAUCCAUCAUUGAGUGAGGAGUACCAAAAGGUGGAGAUGAUUAGGUGCACACAAAUUGCACUUUUGUGUGUUCAAGAAAGUGCAGAUGACCGACCAACAAUGCGUGAAAUUAACAUGAUGUUAAACAAUGGUAACAUAAUAUUACCUAUGCCCAGCCAACCAGGAUAUUUCGACAUAAAUCCGAGUAUCAUCGAGUCAUCAUCACCAACAGACAUGGUGAGUAGUAAUUAA